GUGUGAACUAACGUUACACGUCUAUCCGCACGUCGAUACGCGUUCACACGGGGGGAGGUCAGGUGGAGAAAUGUGUUAAUGUGUUAUUAUCAUGUGAUUAAGCACGUGAAACCAAAGUCUAUAAAAUCUAAUCCCACCGCUAACAUUUAAUUUACAGUAGUAAUAACAGGUGAGGCUGUUGUCGUAGUUAGCAAGUGGCUAACACAGCACACCGAGGGACUCCUGUUUUCCAAAUCCUGCUCUUUUCACGGCCAGUUCACAUUAAACACUCACAGUACGAGCUAGAUAGAAACUGAGAGUAGUUUAUGAAGGUUACCGGCAACCUGAAGUCCAAAUUAUCUUGGGCCAGAUGUAGUAGAUACUGGAGGCAUGUUCGCUUGUUGGAGGUCGCCAUAUUUGUUGCGGAUUCAAAUUCGUCCGGUUUAAAACUGGGCCCUGAAAACAAAAGUACCGCUUGGGGACCAAAUCACCAUAAAUGGAGAAGAAUGAGGUCUUGUCUUUCAGUUUAAUUUAACACACUGCCUGUGCUUGUUUGUUUAUGUGCGCAUUUUUAUUCAUAUCUACAGGCUGUAAUCUGGCUUUACUUCGGAGGCACCUUGUCUCCCGUCUAACCAGUGAUUGGCUGCCCGGAUCUUCGCUAUCAAGCCACUGGCCGACACUGGUGUCCAUCAGAGUGGUUCUGCCUCGGGACAGAAAAGCACUCCUGCUGCUGUCAGCAGUGCUGCUGUAUUGUAAACUUGCACAGUUACAAUGCAACCGGAUUUGUUUGCACUUUGGCUGCAAUGAAACAUUAUUGCAGGUGAAGUAAGGAUCGAGUGAGUCGGUGUUUGACAUCAGAGCCAGUGAUGGCGACAAACAGCCUGAGCACUGCCAUCAUGGAAGCUGAAGAUGAUGCCCCAGCUCCUGCUCAGUUAAGCAACGACACUGCCGUGUGCAUUGUGUCUGUGAAAGGCUUAAAGGAGAACUGGCAGAAGUGGUCCAAUGAGCACCAGGAGUACCAGAAGCAGAACCCCUUCAGUCAAGACACCAGGCCCAGUAUGGUGGUCCCUCAGAAAGGGCAGGACGACUACGGGAGGCCCCUGCAGGGCUCCUUGACGGAGCAGCGAGGGAAGGAUGCUCACACACACAUCAGCAACGAGGUUCAGGAGCUGUGUGAGGUGAUAAGGAACAUCGGUGAACAUAGAAACCAAGAUGGGGAUGGAAGCAACAGCGAUGGGAAAGUUAUCACUGUUGAAUUUGGGAAACUGUUUGAGCAUUAUGUGACUAUCUCUAAUAAACUGGUUGGGAUUCUUCUACGAGCGAGGAAGCAGAGGCUGGUUGACUUUGAGGGGGAGAUGCUGUGGCAGGGGCAGGAUGACCAUGUAGUUAUCGCUCUGUUGCAGUGACAAGAAACUUGGAUUACUGUUUAUGCCUUGGUCCAUGUUACAUGAAGUACUAGCAGUGGCAAGUAUAGAGCUACUUCAUAGCAUCACUCAUUGUAGUAUUCAGAUAGCAGGGGGAUUGCACUCAUUUUAUUUAGAAAAAAAUGCUCUUUUUCUUGCUUACACAAGAAACCUCAGUAACUGAUAACACACCACCUCCCUGAGGAAUGUACUUUAAGCGUGCUAAUGCAUUUUCUCCUCAUGCUAAAAACGCAAGAUCUACUAAAUCUACUGUCCAAAGUGCAGAUACUUGCAGGAGGUAGAAAAAGUAAACCUGAAAGGAACGGACGGAUAUAAGUUAAUCAUUUAUAAACUUAAUUGAUUACAGAUUUGGGUCAUUCCAGGCAAAAUGCCUAUUAGCAGCAUUUGUCAGCAAUAAAAAAAAGUCAUCAGCAUGUUGAUAUGCGAGUUUUCAACGCAAUUAACUAAAACUUACAACAUAGGGUGAAAUACUGUUCAUACGUUGAAACUUAACAAGAGAUAUGUCAGAUAUACUGAAGAUAUGCCUAAUAUUGCCCUCCUUUAGUGGUGGUUACUAGGGUGACAUAGUUACUUUAAAAAGAGUACAUUUUCAUGUAUUUACAUUAUUUCAUAUUUCACUCAGUGUUGCUAAACCAACAUUGGUCUAAAUAACUAAAUAUUUCCAUCCCUAGCUUUUUCAUGUGAGGAAAGUGGAGGAGUGAGCAGCGGAAAUGAAGUCAGAGUGAACCAAAGCCAAAGAGAACAUGAGGCUGCCUGUGACAGACAAUAUGGUGCUAUAGGAUGAACUUGAUCCGACUUGGCUCGGGUGCUUCAGCGCAUGUAUUUAUAUAUUAAGUGUGCUUUGUAAUUCAGGCAACGUCAUUACAGUUUAAAACUUUGUAUACCUGCACCACACUGAAAUGUUGCUUUAAUGGAGUGAGAACUACACAGUAAACUAUGCACAGACUAGAUGGCAUAAUAUCUGCUACUAUUAAAAGUAAUGGCCAUGCAAACUAAUGGAAGUUUCUUUAGCAUGAGUCAGCAGUAGAUUGAUCAAUUUGCAAGUACAUC